CACAAUCUCAUAAAGCUCAUAAUAUAUACUUUUAAAUGGCUGAAUCUUUUAGCUUUAAUCAUCAUUUCGUCACAUCUCUUCUAGUAACCAUUAUCAUAACCAUGCUCAAGUCGGUUAAUACAACAACAACAAACACAGAGUUUGUAAAAUCAUCAUGCACAUUCACAACAUACCCAAGACUCUGUGUCCAUUCACUCUCAACUCAAUCCAGUCUCAUCCAAACCAGCCCUAAGCUCAUGGCUCACGCGGCUCUCAACAUCACGUUAGCCUCGGCUAAAACCACGUCAGCAAUGAUGGUGCGUCUCUCGAGUAGUAGUCGGCUCAAGCCGAGAGAAGUCUCGGCCAUGAGAGACUGCGUCGAGGAGUUAGGUGACACGUUGGAGGAGCUUAGAAAAUCGAUUGGUGAGAUGGGUCAGCUAAGUGGUUCGAACUAUGAGGUCUACAUGAGUGAUAUUCAGACUUGGGUUAGCGCGGCUCUAACUGAUGAGAACACGUGCACGGAAGGAUUUGAAGGAGAUGACAUGAACGGGAAGGUUAAGGUCUUGGUUAGAGGGAGGAUUUUGGUUAUUGCUCAUUUAACGAGUAAUGCGUUAGCUUUGAUUAAUCAUUUUGCUUCUAUUCAUGGCUAGAUAGACAUAUGUAUUUAGUUUCUGUUUUUGAAAUGUUAUGUUGAUUUUUGUGUGUAUAACAAAUAGUAAAAAUACAAUACAUGUGCUCGCCUGUGUAUACAAUGUAUGUGUAAGAUUUCUGAAUCAUUAUGUACCAGAUAAAGUGUGUUCCUUAUAAAAUUGAUUUCUAAAGAUUUUCC